AUGAAAAAGGAUUUACAGGCACAACAUGUUAUACUUACAGGCACAACCUGUGAUACCAACAUAGACUACUGUAGCCCUAACCCAUGUAACCAUGGCAACUGUACUGACAAAGUAAAUGGUUUCAGUUGUAGUUGUGAAAAAGGAUUUACAGGCACAACAUGUUAUACCAACAUAGACGACUGUAGCCCUAAUCCCUGUAACCAUGGCAACUGUACUGAGAAAGUAAAUGGAUUUAGUUGCAGUUGUAAAAAAGGAUUUACAGGCACAACAUGUGAUACAAACAUAGACGACUGUAGCCCUAAUCCCUGUAACCAUGGAAACUGUACUGACAAAGUAAAUGGAUUUAGUUGCAGUUGUAAAAAAGGAUUUACAGGCACAACAUGUGAUACAAACAUAGACGACUGUAGCCCUAAUCCCUGUAACCAUGGCAACUGUACUGACAAAGUAAAUGGUUUUAGUUGCAGUUGUAAAAAAGGAUUUACAGGCACAACUUGUGAUACCAACAUAGACGACUGUAGCCCUUAUCCCUGUAACCAUGGCAACUGUACUGACAAAGUAAAUGGUUUUAGUUGCAGUUGUAAAAAGGGAUUUACAGGCACAACAUGUGAUACCAACAUAGACGACUGUAGCCCUAAUCCCUGUAACCAUGGCAACUGUACUGACAGAGUAAAUGGAUUUAGUUGCAGUUGUGAUGCAGGAUUUACGGGCCCAACCUGUGAUACCAACAUAGACGACUGUAGCCCUAAUCCAUGUAACCAUGGCAACUGUACUGACAAAGUAAAUAGUUUUAGUUGUAGUUGUGAUGCAGGAUUUACAGGCACAACCUGUAAUACCAAUCUCAACGACUGUAGCCCUAAUCCAUGUAACCAUGGCAACUGUACUGACAAAGUAAAUAGUAUUAUUUGUAUUUGUGAUGCAGGAUUUACAGGCCCAACCUGUGAUACCAACAUAGACGACUGUAGUUCUAAUCCAUGCCUUCAUGGUGACUGCAUAAAAGGAGAAAACGGAUUUACUUGUAAAUGCGACGAAAGGUUUACUGGCAAAAAUUGUGACAUUCUUAAUUAUGACUGUAGUCCAAAUUUGUGUAAAAAUGGAAACUGUUCUGGGAAUGGAAAUAAGUCUUAUUGUCAAUGUAAGGUUGGAUUUAAAGGACAAUUUUGCGAAAAUAAUAUAGAAGACUGUUAUUUCGGUGCCUGUAUGAAUGGCUAUUGCGUAGAUCUCGUAAAUAAUUACCGCUGUGAAUGCGAUCCUGGAUACACUGGCGGGAGAUGUGACAAGGAUAUCAACGAAUGUGCGUCGAACCCAUGUCACCAUGGAAACUGCACUGAUGAUAUUAAUAGAUUUAGUUGUUCGUGCAAGGUAGGAUUCAUCGGAAGUCUAUGUGAAACCAUGGUAAAGGGAUGCAGUCCGAACCCUUGUUAUCAUGGUAAAUGUACGCUGGAGUCGGAAGGAUUUAAAUGUAGUUGUAAUGAAGGGUUUAUGGGAAUGCAGUGUGAUAUCAGUAAUAGUGGCUGUAGCACUAACCCUUGUGAAAAUGGUAAUUGUACAGACUUUGUAGGAGGAUAUUCAUGUAGCUGUGACCCAGGAUAUACAGGACAAUUCUGUGACCAGAAUAUAAACGAGUGUCUCCUUGUCGACUGUUAUUAUGGUGAAUGUGUAGACUUCGUAAACGGCUACCAGUGUACCUGUAAACCAGGAUACACGGGAAAGAAUUGCUCUAUAUAUAUCAACGAAUGCGAAUCAGGGUUGUGUGAUAACGGAAACUGCACGGAUAUCGUUAAUGGGUUUGUUUGUGACUGUAUUACGGGAUAUUCAGGACAGUUUUGUGAAUAUAAUAUAGAAGACUGCUAUUUCGGUGCCUGUGUGAAUGGCUAUUGCGUAGAUCUCAUAAAUGAUUACCUCUGUGAAUGCGACCCUGGAUACACUGGAGGGAGAUGUGACAAGGAUAUCAACGAAUGUGCGUCGAACCCAUGUCACCAUGGAAACUGUACCGAUGAUAUCAAUAUGUUCACCUGUACAUGUGACUUAGGAUUCACUGGGAUAUCAUGUGAAACUGAGAUCAAAGAGUGCAAGUCGAACCCCUGUCACCAGGGUGUGUGUGUAAAUCACGUGAAUGGUUAUAGCUGCAUAUGCGAAACAGGAUAUACAGGUAUACACUGUGCCAGCCCUCUGUUGUUACCUGCCUCUUCUUCAAGCAGUGAACAGCAGCCAUCGACUACAUGCUCCAGCAGACUGCCAUCAUCUGUUCACACAUCGCAUCACCUACAUACAAGUUUCUCAAUAGAAAGUCAUGGAACUGUGUCACAAAGGCUGUCUACUAAAUAUCUGCCGAGCAAAACUAUAGUUCCAAUAUCCACAGUAUCCCAAAGCACCGUGGCAACAGGCAUACUGGUGACAGUUUCCUCCUCUAAACAGCUGAUGAUAACGUCAGAUCUCAGUUACACACAACCAGCUACCUCGGUGGUUGGUGUAGCUACCCAGACUGUAAUAUCAACAAAGACUACAACUAGUGGGUCCCCGGGUCCUCUCCCAAUACUACCAACGUCUACUGUGAAUAUAUCGUAUGCAUCUGUCAGUGUCCAGUUGCUAGGUGACAUGUCGAGUGAGACUACUGCAGUGAGGGAUCACAUGAUACAACUAUUAGGAUUGUCAAACGGGUAUUCAACGACAGUAAAAGUUUCAACACAACUUAUCCAAGAGAAAAAUGGAAAAAUUGUGACCAACAUGACGAUUACAGUGACCUCGACGAGUUCCCUAGUGUCUCCGACCACACUGAAUACAACUCUCAACAACGCCCUGUCUACAUUACAAAUACAGACAUAUAGCAAGACUGGAAUCACAAACCAAAACUCUGCUGCUACCAAGAGCUGGGCGGGUGACCACACUGCUGUGAUAGUGCUAGUAGUGGUCAGUGCAAAUAUACUCAUCAUCACUUUGUUUGCCAUUGUGAUGAAGAGAAGAAAAAUACUUCGAAAUAAUAAAACCUCGUAUUUAGAUGAAGGUUUGUCCGAGUUUGUCGGUGUGCACCUUGAACCUGUUGCUAAAUACGACCAGGAAAACGACCAGGCGGUGUUCAAUAAUCUCCGUUAUAAUGAUGACAAAGGCAGAUCUGCCAGUGAACGGAUGUAGUCAGAAGGACUAAUGCUUCAACGCAAGAUUCAGACUCGGAACAGGAAUUGUACGUAGUAACAUGCAUUAACUAUAUAUUGUUUGGAACAAUAUUUUGUUCAGCUUAUUUGUACACUAAUUGUAAUGUAAGUGUGUACCCGACAUGUGCAGUUAAUAUUGACAUGGAUUGUACUGUGAGUAGACCAAAUGUUUAGCUCAUGUGCUUGCAAAUUAUUCAAUGUGUAAAUAGAUUGUAUAGUUAGUGGAUCCGCGGCGGCCAAAUGGUUUAAAAAGGCUUCUGACAUACUGCUACCACUAGCCCUCCACCACUGGGUCGCGGGUUCGAGACCUACGCUGGGCAGUCGUCAGGUACUGACCGUAAGUCGGUGGUUUUUCUCCGGGUACUCUGGCUUUCCUCCACUACCGAAACCCGGCACGUCCUUAAAUAAGCAUAGCUGUUAUUUAAAUGAAGUGUAUUAUACGUGAAUUCUGUACUUCAGUGGUUGAAUUAAACGAAGUAUAUUCUACAUGAAUUCCGUUCUACUAUGGUUAAAUUAAAUGAAGUAUAUUCUUUAUGUAUUCCGUACUUCUGUGGUUGAAUAAAAUGAAGUGUA